GUGAAGUUCGUGAGAGUAGCCUCCCUUUGAAUACAACCGCGGGAAAUAUCUCGUGUUAUCGUGUAGACAGAAGUUGCUUGUGUUUACGGCCACAUUGAAAUAUGGGCAAGAAGAAGGCUAAAGGGACGGCCAAACCCCCACCACUGGAGACAUCAGUGAAGAUGGUUCAAUCAAUUCUGAGAAAACGACUUGCACAAAUGUCAAGCCCUCCUGAAAUACAAGGCUAUACAAAAGAGAGGCAGCAGCUGUUUGACCUAUUGAAGAGGACAACGGUGUCUGGAGAGAGCAACUCCGUGCUGCUGAUAGGGCCGCGAGGAAGUGGCAAAACAAUGCUGCUCCAGAGUGUCCUGACUGAGCUGAAGGAGGAUGACAACAUCCAUCAGAACCUGCUGCAGGUGCAUCUCAAUGGCCUGCUUCAGACAGAUGACCGUAUUGCCCUGAAGGACAUCACAAGACAGCUGCAGCUGGAGAACACAGUUGGAGACAGAGUGUUUGGUUCAUUUUCUGAAACUUUACAGUUUCUUUUGGAAGCCUUAAAAAAGGGGAGCAGCCAGACGUCCAAGCCUAUUCUGUUUGUGUUGGAUGAGUUCGACUUGUUUGCUCACCAUCGGAACCAGACCCUGCUGUACAACCUGUUUGACGUGUCGCAGUCGGCACAGACGCCCAUCUGUGUGGUCGGAGUCACCUGCCGCCUGGAUGUUAUCGAGCUGCUGGAGAAGAGAGUCAAGUCCCGGUUCUCCCACCGGCAGAUCCAUCUGUUCAACACGCAUGGCUUCUACGACUUCAGCCAGAUGUGCACGUCCUACCUCAGUCUCACCCCGGGGGAGCUGGAUGCCACGGUCACUGAGCCCUGGAACACACACGUACAGGAACUUGUAUCGGAGCCGAGUGUAAGGGAUGUGUUGCAACGCCAGUUCAACCUCAACAAAGAUGUCCGGGGCCUCAUUGCAUUAUUGACACACCCAAUAUGUAGGCUGUCUCCCACUCACCCAGUUCUUGAGGCAGGGGAUUUCCUGGACUCCUUCAAGAAGCUCACAACGGACACAAAGUCUGCCAUGCUGCAUGGUGUGUCUAUCUUAGAGCUGUGUCUCAUUAUCGCAAUGAAACAUCUGAUGGACAUCUACGACGGAGAGCCCUUCAACUUUGAGAUGGUCUAUAGUGAGUACCUCAAGUUUGCGCAGAGGAAAUCCAGUAUGCAGGUGUAUGAGAAGCCAGUUGUGUUGAAGGCAUUCGAGCAUCUGAUGACACUGGAGUUUAUCCGGGCACUGGACGGGUCAGGAUCACGGGUACAGAAGGAGUACAAGCUGAUGUCACUGCUCAUCCACCCCAGUCAGAUCGUAGAUGCUCUGCAGAAGUACCCAAACUGUCCUACUGAGGUCAAACAGUGGGCCGGCAACUCCGUGGUCUGAUGUACCGCAUGGUCCUACUGAGGUCAAGCAGAGGGCCGGCAACUCCGUUGUCCGAUGUACCCCAUGGUCCUACUGAGGUCAAGCAGAGGGCCGGCAACUCCGUUGUCCGAUGUACCCCAUGGUCCUACUGAGGUCAAGCAGAGGGCCGGCAACUCCGUUGUCCGAUGUACCCCAUGGUCCUACUGAGGUCAAGCAGAGGGCCGGCAACUCCGUUGUCCGAUGUACCCCAUGGUCCUACUGAGGUCAAGCAGAGGGCCGGCAACUCCGUUGAUUGAUGUACCCCAUGGUCCUACUGAGGUCAAGCAGAGGGCCGGCAACUCCGUUGUCCGAUGUACCCCAUGGUCCUACUGAGGUCAAGCAGAGGGCCGGCAACUCAGUUGUCCGAUGUACCCCAUGGUCCUACUGAGGUCAAGCAGAGGGCCGGCAACUCCGUUGUCCGAUGUACCCCAUGGUCCUACUGAGGUCAAGCAGAGGGCCGGCAACUCUGUGAUCUGAAGGAUCUGAUCAAGCAGUGGUCGGCAAGUCUGAAUUCUGAAGUACCCCAUGGUUCGAUAGAAGUCAAGCAGUGGCCGGCAACUCCGUCCUCUGGAGUACCCCAUGGUCCUACAGAGGUCAAGCAGUGCCCGUUAACUCCGUGGUCUGGCUAAAGGAGGCAGCAACUUCCUAUUUUGUCAGUCUGGGAUAGACAGAGUUGUGGCGACUGAGACUUGUUAGAGAUUGUACAUGAAGAUAAAUGACACAUUGUGUAGAGUGAGUGUUCUGAUGAUGGAGUCAUGUUGGAGAUUACACUUACAGAUGAAGGACACAUGGGUGUUGAAUGGGUAAAGUGAGUGUUCUGAUGACAAGUCAUGUUGGACGCUUGGAAGAUGAAUGACACAUUGGUGUAGACUGUACAGAGUAAGAGUUGUGAAUAAACUUGUUGACAGAGAUACAAGGAAAAUGAAUGAUACAGCCAUUUCAAGGAACCAAUUCUUCCAGCACAAUUCUUCUGAACUUGUCCAGUCUCCUUCAACAUAAUGUACAGAAAUGUUGCAAAUUGUACAGCAUGGCAGAUGCUGAAAAUAUAUAAAGCCAAGUUACUGGGAUUUAAUGUUUGCUAGGCAUUGCAACUUAGUGACAAGAGGCAGUUUCAACUCAUUGUGUUCAUAUCAAUAACAGAAUAUUGACAUGACCAUGAUGGCAAGAAAUUUAUUGAUGAUUCUGAUGUCUGCAAUGACGAGUGCAAAGAUAUUUGUCAUUAUUCGUUAUGAACCUUGCUAGCUGAUUGGUUAGCUGACUGAGUUAGCAGACAGGCCUUGUGGACGUCAUGCGUCAUGGUGCUUGAUAUGAUAUGGCGUCAUGUCAUAACUUAUCCUGUUUGCACUCCUGAGUUACCAAGCUGAGAGUCUGGUCACAAGGUCAAUCUUAUUGUCACAGACAAGUUGUUAAUAUCCUCAACUCCAAAAGAAACACAAAGUUUUCUCUGAGAAUUUGGAACGGGAACAGUAACAUGCUAUAGAAAUAGAAAUAGAAACUAUUCUCCAGUGCCUGUUCUGCCAAUUCUGAUGACAAUGUGCCAUGUCUGAUGUGUGCGGAGAUGAUGUUGAGUUAAAUGUUGACCAACGUAAGGUCAAUGACAUUGGAGUUUAACCCAACCUACACCAAACUCUUUAAUGCUUGGUUAAUUCAAAGCAUUAUAUCAAAUGUUCAGAAUGGAAGACCAAUUUUGUUACACUGAGAUUAAAUAAAUUGUGGAUCAUAUUGAUAGAUGUAUAAAUAAAAAAUGAAACAGUUA